AGUCACCUUGCCCCAAAACCUUCAGCUGCAACGCUCUGGGCUUCGCUCGACAAUCAUUAAUCGGCUUCUCCAUAUUCCUGGGAUGGAAAAAUGCCCCAGCGGGUAACCCUGCCCUGGCAGUCCGAGAUGCAUCUGGCUGGAAAGCUCGUCCUCUCUGCUGCUGCUCUGCUCCUCCUGACUUUGGCUUACAGGUUUUAUAAGUCCCGCUCUUUUGCCGGGGGGAAAAUCCCACCAGCUGAUGUGGGAGGAGAACAGAAGGCAAAUGGUGCCCGGGAUGGGGAUGGAAAUGGGGAUGGGAACGGGGCUGAGGGGCUGCGGUGGAGGAAGGGGUUUGGUGGGGAAGGGAGGAGAGGUGGUGGGGAUGGAGAAGGCAGAGGGAAAGUGGGUAUUUCUGGGAUGUGGUGGCAAGGGGAGUCAGGGCUGGAAAGGGGUGAGGAGGGGGAGGAAGGAAGGGAGGUGGUUUCUGGGCUGGGGUUGACUUCUAGGAGAGAGGGCACGGGCAGAAAGGGGAGUGAGCUGGGAAGCAAGCUGGGAAGUGAGCUGGGAAGUGAGCUAGGAAGCAAUCUGGGAAGCAAGUUGGAGAGUAAGCUAGGAAGUGAGCUUGGAAGUAAGCUGGGAAGCGAGCUGGCAAGCAAGUCAGGAAACAAACUGGGAAUCAAGCAAGUAAGCAAGCCAGGAAGCAAGCUGGGAAACAAACUAGCAAGCACGGAAGAAAGUGAUCCAGGAAACGAGCUGGGAAGUGAUCUGGAAAGCAAGCCAGGAAGUAAGCUGGGAAGUGAGCAAGGAAGUGAACUGCAACAUAAGUUGGCAAGUAAGCCAGGAAGCAAGAAAGGAAGUGAGCAGGGAAGCAAGCUGGGAAGUAAGUCAGGAAGUGAGCUGGCAAGUGAUCUGGGAAGCAGGAAAGAAAGUGAGCUAGGAAGCAAGUUGGGAAGUAAGCUAGAAAGUGAGCUUGGAAGUAAGCUGACCAGUGAUCCAGGAAGUGAGCUGGGAAGCGAGCUGGCAAGCAAGUCAGGAAAUGAACUCGGAAUCAAGCAAGUAAGCAAGCCAGGAAGCAAGCUGGGAAACAAACUAGCAAUCAAGGAAGGAAGUGAUCCAGGAAACGAGCUGGGAAAUGAGCCAGGAAGCAAACUGGAAAGUGAGCAAGGAAGUGAGCUGCAAAGUAAGCUGGGAAGUAAGUCAGGAAGUGAGCUGGGAAGUGAGAUGGACUCUUCUGACCCUGGGAACACGGCUGAACCAUGGAGCAGCCAUGGGGAGGAGGACACCCUUGCCCUGAGCACUGGGCUUCCCCCUGGGAAGUGGGCAGGUGAGGGACACACCGAGAGCACAGAGCAGGAUUCGGCUGUUGGGGACCCGAGGCAGAAGGCCGAGGAGUGCUGGGGGACAAUUCAGACCCUCAGCAUUGUCUCAGACCUGGGGCUAACGAUGACAACAAGCAACGUGGGGUCAGAUGCCUCCUACUCUUUCUCCUCGGUGGCAAAGAUCCAGGUGGAAGAGAAUUACAUCCCUGAGCAGGGGGUGAGGGACGGGGCUGGGCAGCCAAGUCCUGGCCUCAAAGGCAAAGUCUAUGACUACUACGUCCAGUCCAUCUCCCAUUCAGUGUCAAAGAAGAAGUCUCUUCCCUACAUCCCUCCUGGAAUACUGCAGCACCGCAGCUCAGACAGGGUCAGUGAAGAGCUGCAUGGCUCUGCAACCCAGGAGCCAGAGCCAGCUUUGGUGACACUGAAUCCCAUCACCUCCACCAUAGUCCCACCACCUACAGAGAGCCUGGAGGUCUCCCCUGAGCCACAAUCUCCUGGCCGCAAGGACAGCAUCCUGCAGAUUGCCGACAGUCCCCACCUCCAGCUGCCCAUGGAGGGUUUUGGGGUUGUAGCACCAGCCCUCACACCCCCAGCAAGCCCUCAGCCAGGGCUGACAGCUGAUGCCAACUUCUUCCAAAGACCACCACCCACCCACCUGGACCUGGGAAACUGCUAUGAGGUCCUCCUCAUGGCCAAGGCGCAGAAGAAGGGCGAUCUCCAGGAGGCUGCCUACAAGGUGAUGAGUGACAACUACUUGCAGGUGCUGAGGACACCCUCCAUCUAUGGCCGUCUCAACGCUGGCGAGCGGGAGCUCAUCCUGCGCCGGAGGAUGAAGGGGAAGACGCACGUGGCCGUGGCAGAUGUCAAUGUGCAGGAGCCCGGCCUCCACACCAGCCGCCUCUGCUACUACGACGACACAGGGGACAUCUGGCACCACCUCUGCCAUGUCCCACCAGAGGUGGUCUCCCGGGGCUCCGCCAUGUGCAACAUGUUCAACUACCUCUUUGUGGCGAUUGGCUGUGAGGGCACGGGCCGCAGGCAGAGACCCUCCAACCGCGUCUUCUGCUACAACCCCCUGACCAACAUCUGGAGGGAAAUCUGCCCCCUGAACCAAGCGAGGCCCCACUGCAAGCUCGUGGCCUUGGAUGGCCACCUCUACGCCAUCGGUGGCGAGUGUCUCUACACGGUGGAGCGCUACGACCCCCGGCAGGACCGCUGGACCUUUGCUGCCCCCCUGCCCCAUGACACCUUUGCCGUGGCCCACAUGGCCACGGUGUGUGACGGGGAGAUCUAUGUGACAGGGGGCACCUUGCGCUACGUUCUUCUGCGUUACUCUGCCCGCUCCGACAGCUGGAGGGUCAGCCUGGUUGGUGGGGGCAAGGACAGGACGGUGGAGAUGGUGAGCACCAACGGCUUCAUCUACCGCUUCGACCUCCACCGCAGCACGGGCAUCAGUGUCUACCGCUGUGGAGCCAAGGCCAAGCUGUGGUACGAGUGUGCCACCUACCCCAUGACCGACCCAUCCAGCUUCCAGUGCGCCGUGGUGGGCAGCCUGGUCCAUUGUGUUGGCCGGCACUUCCACGUACGCUUCUUGGCCGACCACAUCUCACCACGCUUCGGGACCAAGGAGCUGCAACCCUUCCCAUCGCCCCGUGGCAGCCUCCUCCUGGCUGUCCUGGUGCUGCCUGAGGGAGGGAUGGUGCAAACACAGGUUUGAUGGACCCAUGCUGGCGUCUCACACAACAAUCAUGGUGGCUUAGACAGGACAUGAUGGUGAAAGCUGGUAGAAGAAGCCACCAGCCCACAACGGACCACGUAGGAAGAAACCAACUCUACCAGGACAAUGUUACCCAUCAAGCAGGCAUCACACGAACCCCCACAAGUAAGGAAGGAGACAAAUUGCCCUUGGAUCCUGCCGGUAAACCCAGCCUUGAAGGCACAAGGAAGAGCAAAGCAGGAGCUGGGUGGACUUGUUUGCUUAGAGGUAUUUAAAUAUAGGCGUGCUUAUUCGGAAACAAAUAAACCCCAGGUCUCUAAAGGCCCCCAGCUGUGCACUGCCCCAGGAGUAGCUGCUUUACACUCUGGGUGGUUAAUGUUGACAUGUAACAGGGGUUGGAGGGUGGAGGAACACAGCAGGGAGGCUUCAUCCCUAAGGAGGUAUCACCCAAAGGUCACUACCCAUCGGCAUCAUGCCAACAUUGAGCCUUCAGGCUUGACAUCACCCCAGGGCUGGGGACAGAGGGUGCCCUGUUCCUACCAGUGCCUUGUUAUCUAUUAAUUUAUC